AUGAAAUAAUAUAAUUGCUCGUCUGCGUUUAAAAGAGUAAAAGAGCGUUCAGUUUAGAUGGCUGUUGAAAAAGUAUAGGAAUGGAGAUAUUUAUUUUAAAAUGGAAAGCAUGAUAGCUAAGGAAAUUUAAAAAAGCUAACUCUCUAAUAAGCAGCAGAAGAAGUGGGGAUUCCUAAAAAAACUUUAGAAGACUAUCACUAAUUAAUAAAGUAUAGUGUAAUUUAAUAUUAGAAAAGCAUAAGAAAUCAAACCAAUUGAAGAAUUAUAUGAUCGUAAAAUGGGUUACUUGAGAUAAUUCAUAAAAUAGAGUUAAAUUUUAAAAUAAAAUACUAUGGAAAUAGAAACUGAAAAUUUAGAAAAAGAUGAUUAGGUAAUUGAUGAUGAAAGUGAUGAUGAAAUUCCUAAAUAAAUAGAAUAAAUAGAUUGUGAUUUUGAGAAAUACUUUAAUCUUGAAAAUGAUUAUAAUUAUGACCAAAAUUCUGUAGUAAUGACUGUUCACACUAGAUCUUAAUUUAUUUAGAUUAAAUAACAGAAAAUUGACCCUUGGGAAAAUGAAACAUUAAGUUUUGAUUCUAAUUUAGAAACUGAUGAUGAAGAAUUCUGA